GUUGUCGCAUAAAAUAUCCGUUCAGUCGUUGGUUGGUAUCGUUAGCAACGUCAAUAUAAAAUAUAAAUAACGACUACCAAAUUUGAAUUCUACGAUGUUUUUUGUUGGCUCUGUAGUUUUAUUAAUUCUUCUUUAGUUUACUAGUAUUAACACAGAAAGGUUGUACGAAUAAUUAAUAGUCGUUAAUUGUAUGAGUGAACAAUACAGUUUUUAUAUAUUGAAUAAUAAAACAAUUAUAUUUUUAAAAUGAUCCCGAAUAAUCAAAUUGAUUCGAAAAAAGACGAUGACAUUAAACGACCUUCUCAACUCAAUGUGUUACCACCAGGUAAUGAGGGUAAAAUGUCAGAUUCUCUCCAAUGGUUUGCAUUUUUCUCCUAUGGUGUUGGACAUGUACUUAAUGACUUAGUUGCAUCCAUGUGGUUUACUUAUGCUUUGGUUUUCUAUCAUUAUGUCAUGCAACUAUCUAGCAUCAAUGCUGGAGCUGUGGUUCUUGUAGGACAGCUUACGGAUGCUGUAGCUACUGCUGCUAUUGGAGUGUUGUCAGAUAAUGUAAGUUUCUGUUAUAUUGACAGGUAUGGACGGCGUAAAGCAUGGCAUCUCUUUGGUAGUGUUUUAGUAUUUAUCAGUUUACCAUUUGCAUUUUCACCACCGAUAUUGCCUCAAGUAGAAAAAACAGAACUACUCACGUGUUUAUAUUAUUGUUUUUUCAUAGUAUUUUUCCAAAUUGGUUGGGCAUCAAUAGAAAAUUCUCACAUGACUUUAGCUUCUGAUUUAACGCCAAUUAGAGAUGAAAGAACUGCUUUAUUGUCAAUUAGAUAUAGUUUCACAGUUUUUUCAAAUAUCCUAGUUUAUGUAGUUACAUGGAUAGUUUUAACUAGUAAUUAUACUAGCCAAUCACAAUUUGGACCAUCAGAAAGAAAAGAGUUCCAAAUAGUUAUUCUGGUCAUAAUGAUAGUUGGAGCAAUGACUACUAUCAUGUUUCAUAUUGGAGUUCGUGAACCACAAUCUACUUAUAAUAAUAGGGAGCUUUUGAUGACUGAAACUGAAACUGAAAGAGUUGCAGAUACCUUCUGGUCUAUGUUCAAACGUAUUACAUUGUAUCAAACAGCUAUUGUAUAUAUGUGCUCAAGAAUUGUUGUUAAUAUGACACUUGUGUUCUUGCCAAUGUACUUACAAGAUUACCUAAAAUUAGAAGCUGAAAAAUUGGCUCUUUUACCAUUAAUCAUGUUCCUCAGUAGUUUUGGUAUGUCUUUACUUAAUAAGAUAAUGAAUAUGAAACUUGGUAGAAAAUACACAUACACUUUUGGAGUUUUGUUGUCAUUGUGUUCAGCUGUUUGGUGUUAUUUAGGGAAAGAUUAUUCAUAUGCUCAUUAUUAUGUGUAUGUUGUGACAAUUAUUAUUGGUAUGGCAUGUUCUGUCAUAUUGGUGACUAGUCAGGCACUUACAACAGACUUUAUUGGUGAUCGUACUCAUCGUGGAGCUUUUACUUUUGGACUUAUGAGUUUCACAGAUAAAAUAUGUAAUGGUGCUGUUGUUAUGAUUGUGCAAUCAUUACAUUGUGAAAUAUGCCCAUUAUAUUACCGAGAUAUAAUGAUUUAUAACUGGACCAUUCCAGCUUGUCUAGCAUUUGUUGCAGUUAUUUUAUUGCCAUAUGGAGGACAUCCUAAUUCAGCUAAUUCUACUGGGCCAUUGACAAUACAUUCAAAUACUACAGUUAAUGAACAAAGGAGAUACCCAAUUGAAAAAGCUCAAGAGGUGCUACCAGAUCAUUCCAUUAUAUCAUAGCAGAAUUUGACCAAAAUUAUUUUUUACCAAUAAUGAUGACGUGUUUUAAUAACUGUUAAAUAUUAUUUUUUUGCUUAAGCCAUAAAUAAUAUUUAUUAGUUAUUAAUUUUCAAAUAUUUAUUUGUAAUUUUUUAUUUAUUAAUACUGUGAUCUAUUAAACUAUUUCUUAUUAAGCUUAAUAAUUAUUACCAUAUAUUUUAAGUUCAUAAUCUAUAGAAACCAAAAAUAACAACACAAAAAUAUUAUUUUUAGUAAAUGUUUGUUAUUUAUUAAAUUAUAUUCAUUAAC